UCGCUGCCAGUUCAAUAUGUCGCGUCGCUGAGCUUCGCGUCUCGGUGGUGAUCGCAACAAGUUUGGCCAAAGAACGUCUUAAUUCGACGAAGUUUUUCUUCGUGAUUUAAGCUGUCACGCGCAGUCAUGAAGGCAACAGCCUUCGGGUGGAAGCGUAAGGCGAGUGGCAAAGUUGCCACGGGCCUGGCGACCGCCUUUGCAGAGAACUGCGCGGACGAAAACGCCGACCCUCCCGAAGGCGUAGACUGGUUGAGCGGCUACAAGCGUCGCAGGAACCUGCUGUUGGAAGACUGCGCUCAGAAGAGUCGUCGCCUACGGCAAGAAGGGACGACGCUGGCAGAACUCGACAGGUGCUGGGAAGCUUUGAAGAAAUUUGACGAAGCACUGCAGCUCACACCUGGGGAUGUAGAAAUCCAUGAAAUGAGGGCGCAGGUGCUGAUGCUGCUGCGAGAAGACUUUGCGGCCGUUCAGGAGGCAGAGCAAGUCGUCAAGCUCGAUCCCUCGUGGUGGGUUGCACACCAAACCCUUGGACGUGCACAGCUACAGUUGGGCGAGAUCCAAAUGGCACUGCGAAGUUUCUGCUCUGCAGUCCACCUCAAUCCUGCGGAUGAAGAGCUCCGUACGGAGGACCUACUGUACACCUUGCAGCUUCUUAGGAAGAAACAGGUCGCGGAAGAAAGUGCAAAGGAGACUCCGGUCUGCUUCGACGAAGACGGCAACGUAGUCGAGGUGCCGGAUACCGAAGCUCCUAAACCCGAACUCGUUCGUUGUCGAGAGAUCAGGUGACAAGAGUGUACAGGUCCAGACAGUGCUGGAUCUGCGUAGUGACAGAGACUGCAGGAGCACAAGGUGCUCCUGUGCUCAUGGUGCUCAUGGUCGCUCUUGUGCUCAUGGUGCUCAUGGUCGCUCUUGUGCUCAUGGAGCUUGUGCUCAUGGUGAAGCUCUUGGUGAAGCCGGUGCACUUUGGCGACUCAAUCUGAGAGAAAAAAAAAACCGAGUUGCCAGGCUUUUGGCUUGGACUUUCAACAUGGUGCAUCGUGGACUUUGCAGAAGACACCGCAUGGCCAUGCCUGUGGCAGUGAGGUACUGAUGUACCAUGCAAGAACUGUUCAUCUGCGACUGUGUUAAAGGAAGAUGCAUCAGUGGUCAUGUUUAAAUGUUUGUUAAUAAAACCCUUCUUCGUGCUCA